AUGCGAACUCUCAACCUUAAAUGUAAUGGUAUCGGUGAAGAGCUUCAGAAUGAUCUGCAUACCACCACAAAGACGAAACCUCAGGUGGAGGGUAGAUUCCUCCUGAAUGUUAUAGUCACCCGAGUUCUUUCCAUCCUCAGCCAUCCUCAAGCUAUUUGCCAGCAAAGAUCAAUAUCUGCUGUCGGCGAGGGUUGGCCCAUCCUCGAGCUGCUUACCGGCGAAAAUGAGACGUUGCUGGGCUGGAGGAAUUUCAUCUUUGUCCUGGAUCUUGGCCUUGAUAUUGUCAAUGGUGUCGGAACUCUCAACCUCGAGAGCGAUGGUCUUUCCGGUGAGGGUCUUAACGAAGAUCUGUAUAGUUUUUUUGUUGGGAUCGUCAAUUCUACACCACUUGAUCUCUCUAAGAUACGUGAGGGAAUACCUAACACCGUGCAUUACAUUAGGUCGUAUGAUUGUGAGGCUGUGAUCCUUGCUCCAUCUUAA